AUGAUGGUACAUUUUGCUAUAAACUCUCUGUCUAGUACUUUCAAGCAUCUUAGAAGCACAUAUGUAGCUCAAAAGGAGAAGUGGACAGUAACUGACCUCAUAAGCAUCUGUGCGCAGGAAGAACAAAAUAUGAAGAAAGAUAAGGCUGAAGAAAGAGUUAACAUGGUUCACAACUUCAAACCCAAAAAGGAUUUUGGAAAAGGAAAAAUUACUUGGAAGAAAAACAAGGAAGAAAAGGAAACUAAAGGGCUAGAACCAAAAGGGGUUGAAAACAAAGAGGCUGCCAAGCAAGGUUGA